AUGGAGAAUGAAGAUGGGUAUAUGAUGCUGAGUUUCAAGAAUCGUUGUAAAUCGAAGCAGAAAUCUAAAGAUUUCUCCCUAUAUCCACAAUAUUAUUGUCUUCUGCUCGUAUUUGGAUGCAUUGGGAUCCUUAUUUUCAUUAUGACAGUGAUUGACCUGAAGUUUUGGCAUAAAAAAAUGGAUUUCUCCCAGAAUGUAAACAUCAGCAGUCUAUCAGGACACAAUUAUUUGUGCCCAAAUGACUGGCUGUUGAACGAAGGGAAAUGUUACUGGUUUUCAACUUCUUUUAAAACGUGGAAAGAGAGUCAACGUGAUUGUACACAGCUACAGGCACAUUUACUGGUGAUUCAAAAUUUGGAUGAGCUGGAGUUCAUACAGAACCGUUUAAAACCUGGACAUUUUGGUUGGAUUGGACUAUAUGUUACAUUCCAAGGAAACCUAUGGAUGUGGAUAGAUGAACACUUUUUAGUUCCAGAAUUGUUUUCAGUGAUUGGACCAACUGAUGACAGGAGCUGUGCCGUUAUCACCGGAAAGUGGGUGUAUUCUGAAGACUGUAGCUCCACAUUUAAGGGCAUUUGCCAGAGAGAUGCGAUCUUGACGCACAAUGGAACCAGUGGUGUGUAAAUGUACAACAAAAUGUAGAAAUACCUUGCAUGUUAAAGCAGAGCCAGAUUUUAAAGACUUAAGAUUUUUAGGUAAAGUUUCUAACAGAAAGUUUCUGCCAACAGACAUCAUCUAAAUAGGAGAAAAGUAUUUUAUCCUGAAUUGACUAUAAAGACAACUUCUGAACAGAACUUUUACUCUAUACUUGGAUUUCUGGUUUGUCUUUUCCAUGGCAUUGACAAGAAAAGCUAAAUAAAAAAUUAGUAAUCAUUUAAAUAGUUAUUUAAUAGUUUGAUUUUUUUGCAUUUAAAAUAGCAUAGAAUAAAACAACUUUAAAGGAAUGUUAUUUAGCUAUAUGUGCUAUGUGGUAGAUUGGAAGGAAAGAAGCAGUAUAUGUACAAAUAUAAUAUUUGAAGCAUGGAAUUCUGAAUUUUUCAUCUGUGUAUUAUAGCCUGAAGUGUUUGGUGGGGAGUGGGUAAUGACAAAUUACCACUGGGUAUAAUGUACAAUAUUUAGGUGAUGGAUAAACUAAAAGCUCAGACUUCUCCACUCUGUGAUAUAUCCAUGUAACAAAAUUAUGCUUGUACCCUUUAAAUGUAUUCAAAUAAAAUAAAAUAAAGUCAUGUGGCCAAAUAUUC